AUUCAAUAUCACAGGGACUACGAGCUAUCAAGGGGUCGACAGGCGCCUUUUCCCGAGGGUCAAAUGCCCUUUGAACAUGGUAACGAAGUCAGCAGAGCGGUUGAGGCGCCACAACUGCAGCAGCAGCAACAGCAGCAAAAUUACAAUCAACCAAGUACAGGUUGUGGAGAGAGAUACAUUUACAGUUGUGGUAGGGAUGUCUUGAAAUUCAAGUUUAGUUGCAAAACAAUUCCACUUAAACACUACAAACACAUUUACUUGACAGAUGGACAAGUGAAACGAAGUUCCUUGAACCCGGAGUCUUAUUCCUUCCCUCAACCACCGAUGAACACCACAAAUGGCAACACUCAAGGCAGUUACGCUAAUGCCAACACUCGAGUAGGAUCAGCUCCGAAAAAUGAUUACAUGGAAAGAAAUGGGGAAAAGAGUUCCAUCAAUCCAUUUUUGAAUGUCUUCCCUUUUGAUUUGCUCCACAGAGUUGAGGAAGAGAGUGAUGCUGUUCCAAUUUAUCGACCUGAUCUGGUAAUGAUGGGUGGUAUGAAGGUGACUGGCAGCGGAAUGCACUUCCAAGCCGUCUACAGUUAUGAGGCUGCCGAAGAUGACGAAGUGAGUUUUGUGGAGGGCGAUGAGAUCCUUCACGGUGAACCGAUCGAUGAGGGCUGGAUGUUCGGCACAGUCCGACGAACCGGUCGUUUCGGCAUGUUACCGUCCAAUUAUGUUGUACCCAUCCAAAAUCCCAACUAUAAUCCCUGA